AUGGUAGAUCAAGACGUACUAGAAAAGCUCGGUCGCUACAGGGAAGAUCACUGUCGAUGCCAGACGCACGAAGUCAAGGAGGACGAGGAAAGCUGCAGCUCACGUCGAAACUUCCACACUUUCACAGAAGCGCGAACAAAAGUGGGGUCAUGCACCAUCCAUCAUCUCGCUGCUCGAAAUCGACCCUUUACUGUUAGAUUCGCUCGACACCUUAUGCUUUCACAGAGUCGCUCUAACAUAAGCUUCGCCAAUGUCAAAGCUGCGAACAUCGUUCACACCAUCCGCACGUACGAGGAGGUCGUUUGA